AAGCACAGUACAGGAAUUGUGAUCAACCAAUCGAAUACGUUGGCAUGGUUGCUUAACCUGGCCCCUCUCCGUAAAUAGCAGUUAAACCUGGUUGCCAGGCACACCCACGUACAAACCACGCGCAGCAAUCGCAAUUGGAAUUCGGAGAAGGACGACGAUCGGAUCGUGCAAAACUGUAAUGAAGACAAGGACCGAGAAAAACUCGAUCUGUACCGAAUCUGAGUCGCUAAAAGCGCUCAAUGUCGGCAUGGAUCCUGCGGAGAGUGAUCGUUCAGAUGAUACAAGUUCUUUGGAAUCAGGAGAUGAAAACACAGAGCGGGGAAACUGGGGCGGCCAACUCGAAUUUUUACUCUCCUGCGUCGGAUUUGCGGUCGGACUUGGAAAUAUCUGGCGAUUUCCUUAUCUCUGUAUGAGAAAUGGUGGCGGGGCCUUUCUUAUCCCAUACUUCUUCUUCCUGUUUGUUAGUGGCAUACCACUGUUUAUCAUGGAACUGAGCAUCGGACAGUUCUCAAGUUCUGGGCCAAUCACAGUAUGGAAUAUUUGUCCUCUUUUUAAAGGUCUUGGUUGGGGUAUGGUGUUGGUCUCUUUGUUGUGUACCAUUUAUUACCAGACCAUCAUCUCAUGGGUGCUGUACUACCUGGCCAUGUCCUUCAAAGGAUUCACAGGAGAACUACCGUGGUCGUCUUGCAACAACACAUGGAACACUGAGAACUGCCUCGUCAAAUCCCGCUUGAACAACAACACAGAAUUCACCAAUUUGUCCGAGCCUCAACCUAUGUAUGAUUACGAUAGCACCGUGUUGCCUCCACCAAAUGAUACCAUUAUUGAUGCAAAUUUGACCCUGCUAAAUGUCACGAAGAGGAUGUCCCCGUCGGAGGAAUUUUGGCAAUACAAUGUGUUGGAGCUGUCUGACGGAAUUAAUACCCUUGGUGGUUUGCGAUGGCAGCUUGUCGUUUGUCAUAUCAGUGGCUGGUUGAUACUGUUCUUCUGUCUCUUCAAGGGGAUCAAAUCAACCGGAAAGGUUGUGUAUGUAACAGCGACAGUGCCAUACCUAUUCCUGACUGCCUUACUUAUUCGAGGUUGCAUGAUGCCUGGUGCCCUAGAUGGUAUCAAGUAUUACAUCACACCAGACUUCUCAAAGUUACUCAACUUAAGGAUAUGGGCGGAAGCCUGCCUCCAGAUUUUCUACUCUCUUGGACCGGCCUGGGGAGGCAUGAUUACUUUUGCUAGUUACAACAAGUUUCAUCACAACUGCUACAGGGACGGUCUCGUUGUACCCCUGAUUAACUGUGGCACAAGCCUGUUUGCUGGCUUUGUCAUCUUUUCUGUGAUUGGGGCGAUGGCUCAUGAGGCAGGUGUACCAGUGAAGGAUGCCAUGACAUCAGGACCAGGACUUGCUUUCAUUGCGUAUCCUGAGGCGUUGACGAAGCUACCAUUGUCUGCGUUGUGGUCAGUCUUCUUCUUUCUGAUGCUGCUCACCAUUGGACUCGACACACAGUUUGCGAUGGGUGAAGCAGUAGUCAGUAGCAUCAUCGAUUCAUUCCCAGACUACUUCAGCAAGAGCCGCUUCCGGAAACUUAUGGUGUUGGUCAUCUUUGUGAUUUGCAACGGCACUCUGGGAUUGAUGUUCUGUACGAGAGCUGGGAUGUACUUUUUCCAGAUCUGGGACUGGUUCAGUGCAGCUUUUGCUCUUGUUCUCAUUGCUGCAUUAGAAUCCCUGGUUAUCUCGUGGUUUUACGGCAUGGAUCGUCUCAUCUACGACAUUGAGAUCAUGAUUGGCCAUAAAACCUAUGCAACGGUGGCUUUCAAACCGCUCUGGGGUGUGGUCAUACCCUUCUUGAUGUUGUUCUCCUUCUUAUACUCGGCCAUCGGAUUCAGCGUCCCCACAUACGGUGAUUACGUGUACCCCACGUGGGCAAUUGGUUUUGGUUGGUUCCUGGCCAUCAUCAGCUUGACUCCCCUACCCAUUGUGAUGGUCAAGGAAAUGAUGCAGAAAGAAGGAUCCUUUCUUCAGAGACUCCGAAAGGCUGUGCGACCUGCUCCAGAAUGGGGUCCCGCCCUAUCCAAAUACAGGAAGGAAUAUAACUACCGUGGCAUCAACUCCGGGGAUAAUUCCUCAGUAUCCUGUAGCAGUUCUGCUAGCGAUUAUAUAGUGAAGAAUAGUGAAAAGGAUCAGGUGUUCAUCGAGAUCAGUCAAUUGAACGAGCAAGUAUGAUGAUAGGAAAGUGGCAACUUUCUAAGACAGUUUGAUGGGUAGUGGUUGGCAGUAGAAUGGACAAUACUGAGGUUGCGGAACAUCCCGACUCCCGAGGUGAUUACCUUUGGCGUGUAUUUAGUCAUCAGUUGACAUGGGGGUUUGUCCGCCUUUGUGAACGCAGGUAUGAAAUGACUAGAGCGUCUAGUAGUCAUAUUCCACAUCCAACUUGUCACAGGGUAAUUAUGCUUGUUGCAUCAUUUUGAAGUCUUUACGCCAUGCAUCUGACAUUGAGUUGUGAUUGAUAGUAAGACAUCAGGAGGAUCAUGUCAUUUCUUGUGUUGAGAAUAGCCUCCUUUUCGACUGGUUCGUGGGAUCAAUAACAAUGAGGAGCUUAACUCAAGUCGAGUCUGUGUGCAACCAUUCUAUAACCACCAUUAUGAUCUUAUUUGUACAUGUAUUUUGCUUGAGGUGCACCUAACUGGUAUUUAUUUUGUGGCAUUUUCUAAACAUGUGAAAAAAUCAAGUAUUUAUAUCGUCAUGAAUCAAAACCAGAAAAUGGCUCUGGGAAAGUUCCCAAAUUUGUUAUUUCCCUGGUGUGAUAAAGGAAAUUCUCUGAAACGAAAAAACCACCCUCUGGUGGUGUCAAGCAUAAACAAUGCUGCCAUCUUUUGGUAAAAUUGCUUAUUACUAAAUAGCAGUGCCAAAAUCACAGAGCAACAAGGUGACACAGCAGAUUUCGGUGCUGCAAAAAUGUUUUGCAAUGUUCAGUAUAAGCUUUUAUAUUCACACCAAGGGAAGUAAUAGGCUACUUAACUUCUGCUGUAUCAGCAGGUUAUCAUUUUCAUUUUUCAUUCAAUUCACUUUACUGUUGUAUGUUCAUACAUGUUGGUGUUGUAUUUCAUCAACCAUUUUAUGUAUAUUUUGGAGGGAAGUAAUCUGUAUUGUGGUUUGGAUCCCAACUCGGCCUGUUUCUUGGGCUGAGCCCUCAACAAUUCAAAACAAGUGGUAGUUAUUUAAUGUGUUCAGUAUUUGCUAACUAAAUGACCAAGAAUAUUUUGAUUUUCCUGCCACCCCGUGGGGACACUAUGCAUGUUUAAGCACCCAGAUUAUCAGCGAUGAUUUAAAAAAAAUCUGUGUGUUGAUAUUGGCCUAGCAAUCAUGGCUUCACUUAUAGGAGGAGGAUGUCCUUUUGUCAUUGUGGUUGGUGUUAAAUCUGGUCACAAUGACAUCAUGAAUUCCAAAGAUGUAUGAUGAAAAAAUAGUUUGUGAAAUUUUUGACUUUGUCAACUGUUUAAAGCGUUGAGUUACAGCUGCGUUAAAAAUUGACUGAAAUGGCUUAAAUUAUCAGUUAUAUCAAUCGAUUCAAUUUGGAUCCAAGUUUAUAAUUGUAAUAGUUGCUCUCGUAAUCUGUAGACAGUAGUAAUAGACUUUACAUUGUUGUUCACCAACAGUGGACAGAGUAUUAUGAGACUCAUGUAAACUGAUCCUGGCAUAUGACCCAUUAGUAUCCAAGUCCCAAGCCCAAGUCGCAAGUCUGUUGGUGCUGUGCGCAACACAUUUGGUAUCAUCAAAAGUGCUGGUCCAGUCAAGUCUGAUGUGUGCAAGGUUUAUAGAAAUCCAUAUCGUGUUACUGAUCUUUAGAUUUUGAGAAGAGAGAAUAAACCAAUUAGUUGUAA